UAGCGAGGUACCAGGUCCCUGCCUUAGCGAGUUUGUUGUGCUCUAAGGUGGAGUGGCACACCAGUUGUUGGGGGACCGGCGUCCACGUGCAGAUGGGGUCCGAGCGUGCCAGAGGUUGGUAUUGAUACAUAGCAAGUGUACUCAGUGUGCGGUAAACCAUGACUACUGUGGUGAUAGCGAGGUACCAGGUCCCUGCCUUGGCGAGCUUGUUGUGCUCUAAGGUGGAGUGGCACACCAGUUGUUGGGGACCGGCGUCCACGUGCAGAUGGGGUCCGAGCGUGCCAGAGAUAUCCGCUUGCAGCUGAACGAGCAGCUGAGAUGUCUGGAUGUGCGUAUGGAAACACAAGUGGCCCUAGUGGCGGAACUACAGGACUUCUUCAGGAAACGAGCAGAGGUCGAGUUGGACUACAGCAAGAACCUGGAUAAACUCGCAAAGAAUCUUCAGCUCAGGCACAAGGAACAAAAGCAAAAGAGGGACCAGUGGCCGCUGUUUUCAACAUACUCGUGUUGGCAGCAAUUGGUAACGCAAACCAAAAACCUCAGCAAGGACCAUGCAGCACUCAGCGAAGUCUACUCUACUCAUCUGGUCAGCAGGCUUUCACAAGUCAUCGAGGAUGUACAAAGGAUAUAUAGGAGGUGUCGGGAGAUCGGUUAUGAGACACAUGAGGAGAUAUUGCGGGUGCUGCACGAGCUCCACACCACCAUGAAGACCUAUCAGGCGUACCAGGGAGAAUGUCGGGCAGCCGAGGCUAAGCUGAGGCUUGUGGAGAACCAGCGGCUCAAGAUCGAGCAGAGUCUUCCCAAGGAGAAACUGGACAAAUCCAAGAAGUUCCGGCUUAUCGAGAAGGAGGUGCAGAAACGGAAAAACAAGUACUUCGAUGCUAAACUGAAGGCAUUAAAAGCUCGCAACGAGUACAUCCUGAACCUUGAGGCAAGCAACACAACACUCCACAAGUACUUUGUGGAUGACCUGUCAGACCUGAUAGACUGCAUGGACCUUGGGUUCCAUGAGUGCAUCAGUCGGGCGCUCAUGAUGCACAUCUCGGCUGAGGCGGGGCGCCAGGCCUCAGUACAGGCUGGACUGGACACAUUACAGUCAAACAUUUCCUCGCUGGACUCAAGACUGGACAAACAGAGGUUUCUUGAGUUCAAUCACACCGCCUUCAUGAUUCCCAAGAAGUUUGAGUUUCAGGGAAAGAAUGACGAAGUAAACAUCCUGCGUUUUGCAGAGCCGGAGCUACAGAAGCUGCUCUGUGCAGACAUGGAGACUCGACUUGUCCAACUCAAGUCUCGAUUAACAUCACUCAGGGCCGAGUCAGAGGAGGUGUGGAAGACACUGGAGACUGCAGAGUCUACACUGCUAGCAAUGUUGACAGCAAAGGACUACGACUGUAGUGGAUAUUUUGGUGAGAAUGCUCUACCUGCGCACAAACCCCCCGAAACUGUGAGCAUCAAACUGCGGGCUGACAGGCACGAGACUGAGGAGUUCUACCUCACUAAACUGCGGGAAUUCAUGAUGGGCACUAGUCGCAUUGCAAGGCUGGACUCAAAGCAUGAACACAUCCGUCAGACACUGGUGGACAUGUCGACGUCAGGGUUGGAAUCCCCUCAGAGUGGCGGCCGGGUGGGGGGCGUGCUGCACAGCCCCAUCGCCAAGCCUCCCCGUCGCAAGAGGAUCGGGCGGCUACAGAUGAAUGGUCAGCCCAAACUGUUCGGAGGCAGCCUUGAGGAGUAUCUGGAGUCGCUCAACCUGGACAUUCCACUUAUCAUCAAGAGUUGCAUCAGGGUCAUCAAUCUUUAUGGUCUCCAUCACCAGGGCAUCUUCAGGGUGUCGGGCUCACAGGUGGAGAUCAACAAUUUCCGUGAAGCGUUCGAGCGAGGGGAGGAUCCUCUGGCAGAUAUGACUGAUGCCUCUGACAUCAACUCUGUAGCCGGUGUGCUCAAACUGUACCUCCGGGAACUCCGUGAGCCGCUUUUCCCCAUCAUCUACUUCGAACAGUUCAUGGAGCUUGCACAGUUGGAGUCCAAACACGAAUUUGUCGUGCGAAUGAAAGAUCUCGUCCAGAGCUUGCCUCGCUCCGUAGUCAUAGUCAUGCGAUACCUAUUUGCCUUCCUCAACCACUUGUCGGAGUACAGUGACGAGAACAUGAUGGACCCAUACAAUCUGGCAAUUUGCUUUGGUCCAACGCUGGUGCCAGUACCAGAGGAUAAGGAUCAGGUUCAAUACCAAAACCAGGUCAAUGAACUGAUCAAGAACAUUAUCCUGUUCAACGAUGAGAUCUUUCCAACGCACGAGAUUGGUGGUACCUUCUACGAAAAGUACAUCUCACGUGAACCGGAUGACAAUGAUGUUGGAGACUCACCCUCAGAUCAUGUUCAAGAAGACAUGGACUCAGAAGUCUACCCCUCAGAAGAUGAGUGUGAGAGCCUGGAGGCUACAGCACAGUUUGACUUUGUGGCACGCUCAGACAGAGAGCUCAGCCUGCGCAAGGGUGAGACUGUUACACUCUACUCACAGGUCUCGAAUGAUUGGUGGCGCGGCUCCGUCAACUCCAAGGAAGGCCUCAUUCCAGACAAGUACAUCCUCAUAAAGAUGAAGGAUGAGGAUCGUGAAAAACUGGAACUGUUUAAGUCCAGUUCGUCAGAAGAGUCAAUGAGGCGAAGAGCGUCGAGCUCCAACGAUUCUGUUCUCAGCGGGGCUUCGAGUUCUCAUUCUCCAUUGCUAGGAGCUAACCCUCCGUGGCCCCCGAUACUGCCACCCGCUGGUCCACCUCCCACUACUCAUGAGACAAACAAGGAGGCGGACCAGGCAGCAGAAACUGUCUCGGAAGGUGGUCCUCUGGCCUCUCGAACGGAAAGCUGUAACAGUUUGGACUCAGGAAAGGAUUCAGCAAGUGAAGAGCAACUCCUGAGAGCAGAAGAUGAUGAACCUUCCACUAUAAGCCCGUUGCCAAGUGAGGAGUCGAUGUCGAACGAUCCCAAGACGAUCAUGGACAAGGAACGGAGUAAGAAGACCCAUUGGAAGAGCCAGAGUGUGGGAGAGGUGAUGCAGGGUGAGAAAAAUGACAGGAAUGGAGUGACGGAUGAGCUGCCAACAUUCAGCCAGAAUCGAGAACUUUGGCAGAGGAGAGCAAACUCACAAUCGCAUCUUAACCAGCCGGCGUCUGUGGUGGGCAAGGAGUUGUGGGAGAUGAGGCAGAAGCACACUCCAGACCUAGUGAUGGACUUGCCCCUUGUGGGAACUGCAGAGUCUCCGGGAACCAAGUCCGGGGGAGGGGACAGCCCCACGGGACCAGAAAGUCCCGACAUGACGACAGCCGCUGAGAGGUUUGCCAAACAGAACCAGUGCACACUCAAGAAGAACACGAAGAGUGGUAGUCAGUCGAGGCAGUCGUCAUCAUCCAGUCAGGAAGGCAAGGAUCCGGAGAGCAAAGUGUGUGAUACGCCUCCGCCACUCCAACCAAAACCGCAGUUAAAGGCCAAGCCUCAGUUGAUGCGCAAACCGGUCCUCACCGGACAUCAUCCAUCGCCACAACUUAUCCGGAAAGACAGUACUCAAACUAAUUAACUAGAGUGUGACAACUGAAUCCACGCCUUGUCAAAACAUAAAUGGACCUAGUACGGUAUUUCGAAACCAAAGUUACAGCAAAUGAUCACUCUAGGCUAGUCUAGUCGGGACGAGUUACCUACUUUAUUACUCGUGUGAUACGUCGCUUUUGUAGUUCUGCUGUAGUAAGUCGCAUUUUGUACCCCUAUGUACUGUGGUGCUUGUGCCGGUAAACGGUCCCUUUUGUAUAUUUGUUUUGUAUGUAGCCGAAGCCAGGUUUUGAGCGUUUUCGGCUGAAGAGUGGCCUGGAUCUCAAUAUUGUUGACUUUGUUUCUAAACCGUUUUGUAUUAAAGACUGAUAUUUUACUACGACGUGUCAGUAUUGAUCGUGUUCAAGAAGGAAAUGUGCGGCUGUUCCUCGACAACGAGUUCUAACCCACAGUCCACAUCUUUUUUGCGACGAUCCUACUUAUUAGUGCAGAAUAUUUUGUAUUUUUCAAAUGUAGUCAGUAACACUUUGCAGAUCCAUUGACCUUGGACUAGAGGACCAACAUGUCUGUGCCUGUUUCUAGCCUAAUGUCUCCGCCACUGCAACUUUGCACCGGCGAAUCUUCCAUGAUACAUCCAGCUGUUCUCACAAAUCAGGGGUAGAUGUAAGAGCUUCUAUGCAAAAGCAAGAGCGUAUCUGUUUGUAAUUAUUUUUUUUUUUUUUUUUCAUCUGAUGAUGUUGGUGGUGUUUCCUAAUUGACAUUUUGACAGUGGUAUAAUUUUUAAAGACUAGUCAUAACUGUUAUCGAUAACAAUUUUCUAUAGAGUGAAGGAAAAAUUUUGUUCUUGGACACACUUUGAAAUAAGUUAUUUUACUAGUAUAGAGUUCCUACAUAAAUUUAAAAAUUUCAUUUCUGGAUGUAUAAAUUAUGAAUACAAAUUAUGAUCUUGAUAUAAAAUCAAAAUUCUCAAGAUUUGAUGUUACUAUUUAUUUAUGUACUUGGAAUUUGGUAAAGGGUAUGAAAAAGAGUAUUCCUUGAGUUAAAUUGUAACAAAAGCUACCACACAAACAAUAUUAUUUUCUGACAUUAUUGUUAUUUUUACAAUGUUUACCACCUGUACUAAUUCUAUUUAUUAUUUUGUAAUAUUUUUGCACCAAUGUUCAUAUGAAAAAUUAGGAGUAAACUUUCAAAUUGAUGUAAUAAUUUACAUCCAUUAAUUUAUUUUUAUAUAGCAUGUCUACCAUUAGGUGCAAUAAUUUGUUACUGUAACCUCUGUAUUACAUUUCAUCAAAAUGUAGGUUCUUAUUAUGAUAUUGUUAUGCUAUUGUUGGCGCCUUGUUUUAUAGCUUAUGAAUGUGGUAUAUAAUAUAUUACUGCUGUGUAUUGAUGACAUGUGUUGGAAAUUAUAUGAAUAUUUGUGUAAAACUGUCUGUCCGCAAAUACUGUAGUGAUUCAAAACUUCAUAUUCUUUGCCGAGAAAACUUUUCAUAAUACAAUAAAAUUAUUUAAAAUAUGUGAGAGCAUUGUUAACUGUGAAUUUUAAGGUUUGACUAUUUAGAAGGAAUAUUAUAGAAAUAUUAGUUGUGAGAUUACUAUCUAAAAAAUCUAAAACUGUUUUCUGCAACUAUUAAAAAUUUUCAAUUUUUCAAAAUAAAGUAAUAAAUAAUGAAAUGUACAAUGUACCAAUUUCUUGUUUUCUUAAUCUCAUCUUGAUAAUGAAAUCUUUCUUUCCAAAUAGGAUUGUCCAGAGAGGAAGAAGAAUUGUACAUUUUCACAUCACACUUGCUAUUUUAAUUGACAAACUUAUAGUAAGGAGGAACAUAUAAUUAUCAAUGUACUUUUUUAUCCUUUUCAGAUCUCAACUAUUAGCUGUAAAGCUUGAUUCUUUAAACUUAGUGUUAAAAGUCAUCUCCCCCAAAUAUACGAAUUUUUUCAGUCACAAACCUUGUAUUCAAGCCAUUUACAAAGUAAAUCCGUGUUUUCUCAUUCUUCACUACAAUUAUUUUUCCUCUUAUGUAAUUUAACAUGUUUAUAGCACAACUCAUUAAUUUAUUGUCUUUCAUUAUACACUUUUAUCAGGCUAAAAAAUAAAUACAUAGAGGAUUUCCAAUUGUGAAAAUUUUAUUUUCACUCUAGAGUCAGUAUGGUUGUUAUAUAUCCAACUCCCUAUUGCUAUUAAUGAAUUGAGUUUAAAGUAUGACAUAAUAAAGGGGAAAAUAAACUCACAGCAAGUAAAACGGUGCUGAGUAGCCAUCGUUAAUGUAUUCUUACCAGUUUUAAGCAAUAUUUCCCUAUCUACUAUCCAAAGUAGUUUACAGAGUUGUGUUUAAGUUAUUCUUAACUCACUGUGGACUCAGAUCGUCCAGUGUAGAACACCAACAGUCCUGGUUAGCUAAUGUACAGUAUUGUCUUGUGAGUAUUUAGGUCGGGCUUGUUGCUCAAAAGCUCCCACUACACUCAACAAUCUGUGUAGAGCCAUAUCAAUUAUACACUCUCAAAUACUCAAGUAUUGUAAUGAAAAACAAUAAAGGGCAAGGGAAUUUAUGAGAGGAUAAAGUGAAAUAGUUUUGUUAGUAAAACUGUGUUUUAUACAUUAUAACUGGAGUUAUGAUUGUUGUUUUGAACUGACAAAGUUGUGCGAUGGAGGAUUGAGUUUCUGCUCACAAACAGCAAGUUAUCAUCCUAGAUUACAAACAUCAGACUGUGACCACUCUGUGUAAACAACCCAUGUGGUAUUGGAAUCAUGCUAAUUACAGGAAUUAUUAUUACUUUUGGUGUUUCUGAAGGUUUAACGUUGUUAUUGUUCAUUAUAUUCUCGCCCAUUGUUAUUGUGUUGUUAUGGCUUUUAUUGAAAAGGAAGUGUUUUUCACCCCCUUACAACCCUUUCUACUGAUCCACUAUUAACUUCAACAAUAACAAUAAUGAGGCCACUGGGGUACAGCACCCAACAAUUACUGUCAGACUAUAGGCCUACUGACUUAGUGGCCUAGACUGUGGUAUGAAUGGCUUACCUACAUGGGCAGGCUUAUUUUUCCACAGAAAAAUUUUUUAAUCCUUAAUUUUGUUGGUAGAAUUGUUGUAGAUGUCUCAUUUUAAAGUUAUAAUUAAUACGCAUACAGGCAAUUUGCAGUUUCCUUUAUAACAAGAAUAAUGUUUUAAUAUUGAAAUAGUAGUACUGAAAAAAAAUUUGUUAUGAUUAAAAUUGAGUUUUUCUGAAUAACCAACAACCUGGAAAAAUCUACAAUUUUGGAUGUGUAUUAAUUAUAUUUAUGAAAUGGCACUUCUCACAUCCGUGAACCAAAAUAGGAUGAAGGAUAACACAAAUUUGAAAAGUUAACAUUGGUGUAAUGGUGCUAACGUCAAUAUAGCUACCAGUGCAGCUGAUGAAGAAUUACUUAAAAUUUCAGCUAAGACAAGGAAUUUGAAACAACUGUUUAACUAACUUAAAACUGUAGUUAGCCUAUAAUAUAUGCAAUUUUUGGAAAGUCUUGUGUGGAUACAAUCUUAGAUAAAAUAAUGUACACAAUUGUCACAUUAUAUACUUGAACUCACCUUUUAGAAGUUGAUUGCAAUUGGUAGUUCAUACUGUAUUCACUUCAAAUAAUAAUAUAAUAAAUUAUUUAAACAUCUAAAAGAACAAUAAGGAGUGGGUCAUACCUCCUGUUAGGAUGCAUUAACUGUAUUAUAUUGUUUUUAUGAUAGACAAUGUAUGGUGCUAAUCAUUUUUACAUUGCUAAAUGAUGAGUUUUGUAUUUCUUUUCACACAAUACAAUACCAGAAAAUCACAAUUUUAAUACCACAAGCAUUCUACAGUGACAAACCCAAUGGAAAUCUGUAUGUAAUUUGCAUUUAAAAGUAUUCAAAUUAUUUGACAAUUAGUCUAAAUUUUUCAAAUAAUAAAACCUUAUUGCCAUAACACUAUGAAAAAUUGGAUAUAAACAUGAAAUAUGUAAAUGCAUGUGUUGAUAACUGAAAAAGUUUUAUAUUAUUUUAGGUAUGAUUAGUAGAGUUAAAUCUGUUAUACUGGUCUUGAUAAUCCCAUUGAAAACAGUAUAUUUGGCAAAUGAUGCGUAUAGGUCCUUUCUCUAUUGAUAGUGGUGAAAUCUUAGUAUCAAUAAGAAAAAUUAAUCUAUUACAUAAUCUGCCAUCUUCUUUUCAACUGUUGCAUGGAACUAGUUUCCAACUACUCCAAGAGGAAACUCUGUACAGUGAUGAAAAGAUAUCUACAAGAUAGUUUUAUAAGAUGUAUUCUCAUAAACUAAUUUAAUUGCAGUUCUGUUUCACAUACAUUUUAGAAUUUAUAAGAACCUUUCACAUAUACAUGAUGAAUUGCUGAUAAUUAAACAAAUGUUUCUAAAAUUGUCAUAAAGCACAGAAAAUGUUAUUCAUAUUUUACUGUUUGGUCCUCCAUCCUCCUUUGUUAGUCUGUAUGGUGUUAUAUUAACGAAAAACUCACUUUUAUUGGUGCAAUAAAUGUCUGCUAUGUUAAAUACAAAUAUCUAUCUAUUCAAGGCUGUAUUUUCCGAGUGAACAUCGAAAAAUAUUUAAACACUAAUUUAAUCAAAAAUAUAUAAACUAAUUUGAACUCAGAUUAUUUCUGUACAGUAAAAAUUUCUUUUAGUGUUGUUUUGUACAGUAAAAAUAAAAUAUGAUGUCAAAUUAGCUAAGAAAUAUUGAACAACAGAAUUUCUUACAAUAGUACUGUUUGUAUCAUUUAAAAAGUGUGUUCAUGAAUCCCAGGAUAUAAAACCAAAUUUAUGUACAAUCACAGUUGUUCUGUUCUUAAACUCUGUCUCGAACCUUCACAUUAUAGAAUUCUAAAGGCUUUUAACAAGCACUUAAUGUUUCAUUCCGUUUCAGUGGAAGUUUGAACUCAUUGAAAAUACAAUUAACUGGCUUUCCCGAAUACUAUGAUACAGGGUAGGGGCCAGACUGGCUGUGUUAUUUUAGUACGAUUAAAGUAUGCACCGGUGUAGUAAAGUUUGAUAACUUAUAUCAUCAAGCUUAAUAGUUGUAUCUGCAUUAACAUGUGAGAGGUUACAUCCAAUUCCUGAAACAAGAGAGCAUGCAAAGGCAAAUAUUUCUCACACCUACUAAUUUUUAGUUUUGUUUGUAUUGGAGUUUUUCACCAAAAAUAGUGUAUAGUGUAGUAGCUUAACUGUCUUCUGCUUUAUAUAAAUUCUCUGUGCACAAAAUUCAUGAAGAAAUGGAUUAAAAUUAAAUCCAAUUUUAAGUUUAUAGUAGACGAGCUGUGGGAGCAAAAUGGAUUAGAAAGUGUUAUACAUGUUUCAUAUGUUGUGUAGAAGGCGUUUUGCUGUGUUGGCUGCAGGAGAACAAGUAAUUGGAAGUGUAACUCAGAAAUAAAGUGGCUGAGAGACAAAUUGGAUGUUAAGGCAAUGUGUUGACAGAUAGGUGUAAGUGUUACACUAGACAUACUGCUAAACAAACAAAAAUAUUUAACAAAUCUGAUAAGGCAGAUGUGACCUCUCGCAUAUUCACAUAUUACAUUUUGUCUAAAGAAUUGCUUUACCUUUAUACCAAAGUACAAUAUGCACAUAACUUAGUUUCAAUAAAACACAGUUUAAGUAUUUUACCAGAGCUUUGUGUGUAAAUCUAAUUUGUUCUUUAAAUUAGUCUGCAUAAAACAUACUCUUUAAUAAGGACAUUGGAAUUCAUACAAAGUAUUCUAAAGACUGAUUUAAUUCUAAUUAUGUUGUUGAGUUUUGGGGUAGAUAGUGGCAAAAACAUGUAAGAGCUGGUUGUAUUGGCAACCAUCUUGAUUUUUACCUCUUAAUAAUUGUACAUAAACAAUUUUGUUCAUACUUUGGUUGUUGAGUUUUGCAAGAUACACAACAAAGUGCACUGUAGACAAAUAAACUGUGUAGUUCUUAAAUCCGAAACAUUUUAAGUAUGAUGAAGUUACAUGUUAUAUAAAAACUCACAGGCAUUUAGGCGGAUAUAGCUUUACCGUCUAAAAAAUGAAAUAUAACAAUACAGUGCAACAAACACAAGGAAAUUUAAACAGUGUUCAUGUUAGCUAAAACUCAAGAACAACAAAACAGUCGGAACUUAAUUAAACUGUUAAAUUAUAAAUUUCUUAGUUCUCAGAUUAACAUUGUGUUUCCUGUUUCAGCCUAAAUAAGUAAUCACAAUGAAUCUAGUUGUCAUACUAAAUAUUAAAAUAUGUUUUUAAUAGUGAAAGUCUCAAUUCAAAUAUAAAACAAGUGUUUUCUGCAAAUCAUCCUUAUAGGAGCUGAGAACCUAUUUGUAUUCUAUAAAUACACAACCUGCUUUUCUUGAAAUCAAUAGAUCUUCACUAAGAAAGACAUUUAUUGGCAACAAUGCACUAGUUUUGGUGAGUUGAAAUGGGAGGGUAUCAGUACGGUUAAAAAUAUGAAAUUAUAAUUUUGCUCAGAUUAUAUUUUUUUAGCUUGACUUAAAACCAACCGUUAGACAUGUACUUAAGGUAACCAUAUGUAAACCCUUAAAGUGGAAUCUUUAGUUGUCUGACAUGGUUAUUUAUGUGUUUGAUGGUUGUUUUUAAGUAUAUCAGGAAAAAUAUAAUCAGAGAAAAAAUUAUCACUUCAUGUUUAACCCUUUUUAUACCCCCCCCCCAUUUCAACAUCUACUGAAUUUAGUGCGGCUGACGAUUGAUUGCAUUCUCAAGAAAAAUGUAUGUACCUAUUUUUAGAAAAAUCAGGCUGUGUGCUUAUACAAUGGACAUUAGCUCUUAGCUCCUAUACUAAAGAAUACUAUGUUUGGUUACAAGUUUGUAUGUAUUGGUUGUGGUGUCUCGUUGGCAGGCACUAUCAGAGCCUUGCUCAAGAACAGCUGUAGACUGCAACACAAACGUUGUUUUUAAAUUGCUUAUUUCAUAUUUGUUAAAUUUAGUUUCUUUUCUCUGGCUUACCAAUAAUAGUUGUAGGCUAUAAAUUACUAUUACAACAUUCCAUAUAUGUGAUGGUAACAUUGGUUUGCAUGUGAAUCACAAGGAUAAUGCCACAAAUUGUGGACUGGCACAUUUUUAAUGUUUCCAGUUCAAUUGUAUUUUUAUAUUUGCAUAACAAUAUUUCCAAUCAAAUUACAUUCUUGUAAAAUGAUAUUUCAUCCAGAUAAAUUUUUGAAAGUUAAGUUUGAUAUGAGUAUGAUAAUACCAUAAUUAGAAUAAUUUGUUAAAUUGUUGUGAGAAUUUACUCAAAAUUUAAAUAAAUGAAUAAUUUUUACACCUUAUUUAUAAAACUUUUUACAUGUGUACAAAUACUUCCUUUGAGAAACUAUUUGUUGGCUAUGUAAAAAUAGACUCUUAAUUUUUUCCAUUGAAUCAAAAUAAAAGGUCAUCAUAAAAACAUGGUCAAAUUCAAAUCAAAGUUCUUAAUUUAUUAGAAAUAACAUUGCAGUAACAAAAACUAUUGCAAUUAAUUAUACAGUUUACAUACUUCAAUAUGUUUUCUUUGUUUUAGACUUUUCCAUUACCAUUAUAUCUUGUGUACAUCGAAUACCAAUGUCUGAUCCAUCUAAUAUAGUGAUUAAAAUAUUUGCAUUCAGAAAUAAUGUGUUUUAUCUUCCUCAGUUUAUCACUCAAAAGGCCAUGUUUCACAGGCUUUGGUAUAAAGGGAAGAGUGACCCUUGUUAUUGUUAAUUUAAAAUAUACUCACAUACUUUUUUGUACCUUGUAAAUAUUUUCAAUGAGAUAUUUUACCAAAUACUAAAUUUUUUAGAAUCUUUUCUUGUAGUUUAAUAUGUAUUUUAUACUGAUGUCCAUCGGUUUGGUGUCCUUGUAUUGGUGUUGACAAUGGAUCUGCAUUUCGCCUACAGCUUCCAUCUUAACGAAGUCCACACACCACUAGUUGAAGUAAGCUUUCAUCGAGCUCAAAUCGGAUGGUCGUGACUAUAGUUUCUUGUUUUGAGAAACAUUGUAUUUUCUUAACAGUUUGUAUUAGAGUUUUGUAUCGUAUCACUAAAGAGUUUGUAUCGAUUAACGUAACGUACUACUGUAUCAACUUGGUUUGAACGUAUUUUGUUACUAUUGUCAAAGUUAUACUAUUUAAUAUUAUACUAGAUUAAGGAGUUUAAUAUAAAUGUAAGUUUUAUGUUUUUGUUCCUUUUCACAUUAAUUUAGUGUGUACUAUAUUAGGAAUGGCUUUGUAUCAAAUUAAUAUUAAUAUUCAUUUUGUAAGUUACGUUGACCAAUGUAUUAUAUAUAAAGAAUAUAUUUGUCGUAAUCAA